AUGGCAAAAUCAGAACAUGUAUCAAGAAUGCUUGUUGUGUUAAUAACAAUACUGCCACUGGCUGCUCAAGGAUCAAGACAAUACAGCUGGGCUAAUCAGCUAGAGGAAUCAGGGAAGGAGAAGGUAACGAACCUUCAGUUCUAUUUCCACGACACCUUGAGCGGCAAGAAUCCGACCGCAGUUAAGGUGGCUCAGGCCGCAGACACCAACAAGUCCCUGACGCUGUUCGGCGCCACUUUCAUGGUCGAUGAUGCUCUCACCGAGACCGCGGAUCCCAAAUCCAAGCUCGUUGGCCGUGCACAAGGCCUUUACGGUUCUUCAUGUAAAGAAGAGAUUGGUCUGAUCAUGGCGAUGAGCUUCUCUUUUGAGGACGGUCCGUACAAGGACAGCACCAUAAGCAUGAUCGGGAAGAAUUCAGUGAUGAAUCCGGUUCGAGAAAUGCCUAUAGUCGGCGGCACGGGAAUAUUCCGGAUGGCUCGUGGUUACGCUAUUGCUAAGACCAAUUGGUUCGACCCCACGACCGGUGAUGCCAUCGUUGGCUAUAACGUUACUGUUCAUCACUAG